ACAGAGAGAGGGAUCAUGGGUGGGGUGGGAAUCACUGUGGGGAGUGUUUGAGUUUGUAAAUAUGGAUGAUGUUUAGGAGGGUGAAUUAAACUCUCCAAGCUCCCUCUGGCUUUUAUUUCCCCUUUCCUGACCCGGGAUCCCCCUGCAGCCACCUAAAAAUGCCAGUGGAUUGAAAAAGUAACGUGUUGUUAUUGCUGGGGCUCAGUGGAGCCCAUUGUUUCUUCCUUCCUUUUCCCAUCCCUUAAAUACACCUGUGCCAGCCCAGCUGGGCUGGGCCUCUCCAGAUGUGUACACCCAGGCUGCUUUUGGUUUCCAAAAUACAUGGAAUAAGGGGUGCUACAGCAUCAGGAAUGCCUGGGAAUAAGUGAGAGAUUCCCCCUGUUGAUUAGAACAGCCUGUCCCUGAAGCAGGUGCUCAAACCAAACCCCCUUCCUACAGAAGCUAUGAUUUCUCAGUGUGUUUCCUCAUGUCCAUGAAUUUGCUGCUCAGGGAUCUAUUUCCCUCCAACACAACCAAAUAUUUUUGGAGAGGAAUGUUGCUGCACCGCAGACUGUCUCGGAGUGCCUCGUUUUCCUGGCGGUUUUCAAGGUGCUUGUUUCGUCAGUGUGUGAUGGAAGAGUUCCCUGGGGUGCUUUGGCUUUGCCUGAUGGUUUUGGGCUGUGGUGGGAGUCGAUGCAGCAUCUGUCAAGGACAGACCCCUGCCCCAGUUUUGGUCACAGCAUUAAUGCUCGGGGGGAUGCUGAGCAGGCUGUGAGGAGACAUCUCGUUGUUAGGACAGCCCAGAAACGGCUGUUUGGGUUGGGAGGACGCUGUUGGAUGGAGCUGGUUGUGGGUGCCUUGUGGCUGGAGCAAGUGUUUGGGUGACUCCCAGCAGUUGGAGCUCCUUGCAGCUGAGGAUUCUCCCCCCUUCCCUUCAAAAGUGAGGCUUGAAUAGGUCCUUACUCCAGAAAUGUUCCAGCUUGAAAGAAACCACCAGUCAAACAGCAGUGAAAGGGCACAGGGUGAUGUUUAUGACCAGGAGCAGCUCUUGGCAGACCUGUUGGAUGUUUGUAGACCACAGUAUGUCAGGGUGGGCUCUCCUUCAACCCCGUGAUGCCUGGCUGGGAGUUAUCCAUGUUCCAUCCCUUCCUUGUCCAUAAUGUUCUGUAUUUCCAUGAUUAUAUGGAAUACUUAAUGCCCAUCAGGGAAGGGCAGUGUGAGGCUUUGCUGCUGGAUUAUAAAUGUAAAUGGUGCUUCAGACAUACCCUGUUCAACUGACAUAAAUGCAUUUUAGAUAAGGGCUUGACACUGGGUUCCUUUGGGAUACCUGCCUUCCCUGGCCACAGCCAAGUCUUGAGGAGCAAGUUUAGCUGGAAAGGAACAAGUCAGCUUAGAAGCAGAGAGUUUUCCAGUUGUAUGGCAUGGAUGUGUUCCCUCCUAAUUCAAACAGGGUGAGCAGGAAGGUCCCACUGCAGAUUUUCACCCAUCCCUCACCAUCUGCAUGUGUUUUUCUGCACAUCAGCCGCUGGAACGAGGCUGCUGUUGGGUUGGAGCUGCUCUGGAAGGGUCUGUUUCAAAUUUAGGGUUUCACAUGUAACCAUUCCAGCAGCUUUUCCUUCGGAAAGAGACCUUGAGUGCAACUUGGUGGCUCCGAGGUCGGUGGCUUGGUGAGCUCAGCAAUCAGGAGCCGCAGGAGAAGUGAAACAUCUUGAUUUCUGCCUGUUGCAUUCCCAGAAAAGCUGUCCUGUGCACCACAGUUUUGUGUCACACCGUAUCCUUAGUCCUUGCUUGUUCAGUAGCACGCUCUGACUGUCCCUAUGACCCGGAGCUCAUGUUGAGGAGCCAUUCACACAUGCUUUUCAUCCAGCCCUCCUCCUGUUCCCUGUGUUCCUGAGCAAGGAUUUACCCUGCUUUGUCUAUCCUGAAACUCAGCACCUCCCCACAGCAGCUCAUGGAGAGCCCUGUAGUUUUCAGGUUUGACCUUUGGGCCGGGGUUUUCAGGCAGGUGAUGGAGUAUUUGGCCAAACCCUUGCCAGGAUCCUGUGCCCUGCACCUGAUGGUGCUGUUUGAGCCGGGCACAGGCAGCAGGAGGUUUGCUGGGAGCUUAACUAUGAGAAAAUGAGCUCAGGUGAGCUCGGGUGGUGCAGUUGGAGCUGCACAAGGGGCAUUUUCAGGCAAUAAAGACUUGUUUUGUUUUAAAGGAGUGUUAUUGAAAUAAUGGGCUCGGGAUGUGUUUUCAGAACUGAAUUUUAGGCAUUUUUUAAACCCAUGGAAGGAUUUCUGCUUCUGUUGCUCCCAUCUCCACGGAAUCAAAGACUCACCCUCCUGAUGGCACUUUGCUUAGCUGAGAUGGGAAAGGGUUUCAGGGCUGGAAGUCCUCUGGCUGUGGGCGCAGCUGGAGAGCCUUUCCUGAGCAAAGACAAAUCCCUCCUUAAGAGUUGCCAUUAAAACUAAUUCGGGGGCAUUUUCAACACGUCGUUUUUCUUCAGCUCCCGCGGAAAUGCGAGCUCUGCUUUCGUUUUGCCUUUCCCAGAGUCGAUGCCAAGCCAUUGAUUCAAAGAGAAGCAGCUCCAACAUCUUAACUGCCAGCUGCAGGAAUUCCCAAGUCUUGCUGCUGGUCCCACUUGCCCUGUUGUUGGAUUUUCUGUACCUUGAAGAGGCUGGUGCAGAGCUCGGGAAGAGCGUAGGAGCAAAGAGGAGCUGGGACUGCUACGAACCCACGUGGAACAGGAAGGGAUGGAAAAUUACACGUGAAUGCUGAGGAAGGAAUGAAAAAUUACACCUGGCUAUCAGCUGUUGGUGUUUCUUGCUUUAAGCAGUGUGUGGAGGGCUCAUUUGUAACAGGGCUGUGGUUUUAGCUGCUUUAUGAUGUAAACUGUCUGUUUGUAAAUCUUGCAUGAAGUCAUUUUUAAGGCAGGAAAAGCUGCUUUAACGAGGCUAUCUUAGAAGCAACACCUGCUGUGAGCUAGUAUGACCUGCUGCACGUUACAGGAGGUUGGGUUUCACCCAGAAUCCCAUCCUUGGGUCCAGUAGGGUUGAGUGGAGCUACUGUCUUUUAAUUUAAAGAUCUCAGCUGGUGGAGCAUUGGUGCGUUUUGUAGCAACCAGCCAACCAUUCACCUUCAGAGCAGCUUUGUCUUUGAUUUGAGCCUACAAGAAAGAUGGAAAGGGACUUUUUACAAGGGCAUAUAGUGACAGGACAAGGGGGGAUGGCUCCACAGUGUCAGCAGUAGGGUUAGAUUGUAUAUUAAGAUAAAACUCUCCCUGGUGAGGCCCUGGCACAGGUUGCCCAGAGAAGCUGUGGCUGCCCCAUCCCUGGAAGUGUCCAAGGCCAGGUUGGACAGGGCUUGGAGCAGCCUGGUGUAGUGGAUCCCAUGGCAGGGAUUUGGAAUGAGGUGAGCUUUAAGGUCCCUUCCAACCCAGCUCAUUCUAUGAUUCUAUGUCUUGUGAAUGUGGUGUGUCUUCAUCUUGAGUUUGUCUCAGUCCCUGUCCCAGUAGCUCCCUGGGCUACAGCACAUGCAGAUGUUUAAGUUACCUUUGGUUCUUUCCUUGGCUUAGAUGUAGAUGCACUGUGUUUUCCAGGCUGGGUUGUUUCUUAUGAUCCCUUGAAUCCUUUCCCACAGCCCAGCUUCUCGCUGGAGGAUCUCACGGGCCCCUGUAGGUGGGAGCAACUUUCUGUUGACAUUUAUAGCCAGGAAAAAUAAACUCUCCAGUGACAAAGAGCAGAUUUAGUUGUUUUACUCCUUUGUGGGGCUGUGGCAGAGGAGGAUCUCAGGGAGAUGAGCAUCAUCUGGAGCAAACCCUCUUGGACCCGCUCUCCUCAGUCAGGAUAUUUGCAGAGCACUGUUGUGCCCGUAAGAAUCUGGCUGGAAUUACACAGGCAGGAUGAGUGUCUUUACAAUCCAGUGGCUUGUGUAGCCAUGUUGUGUGUCUGUAAUAGUCUGGUCUGGUCAUUCUGGUACACCUGGGUCAUCCACUGCUCGUUCCAUGGGCGCAGAAUGAUUCCCUGAGGAAGCUGGGAGCGAGCUGGUGGAUUUAUCUUGUUGAGACAGAAACAGUUGAUGGUCAGGAAAUUGUUGCAGAAGGACAAAUUUGCUAGGCUUGAGCAUUAAGUCUCAAUUUUGAGAUUCUUGAACAUUAAAUCCUAGAUUGGGCACACACAAUUUUUUCCUGUCAUGCUCUUUGACUAUGGAGGACUUGGGAAGGUGUUAAAAAUCCUCCUGAUUUUUGCACACAGCUUCAAGCACUGGCACAGCAGCAGAACCUCCCUCCUGCUGAGUGUAUAAUUUGGGGCCAAGCAGAUGAUGCUUUCUGGACUGCUGUGGUCUCACCUGUUACCAACCCUUGACCACUGGUCCUGGUGAACACUGGGGUUCAAGCCCUCUUUGGUAUUUCACUUCUAGCUCUUCCUGUGGAUUUAGGGAUUGCUCUCCCCUGGUAACAGCCCAGCUGAAGUGGCAUGGACCUUCCUCUAGAGACCCUGAACCCCAGGAUGGGCACAACACACUGCUAGGACCGUGUGGGAUGGCAAAGGUUUUAGCCUUCUGAACUACACAAGGUGUCUCCCCUGUGGUGCUGCCCAUGUUGAUGCUUUCAGCCACUUGACUGAAGCUUGUUUUGGAGAGGAGCAUUUUCCCUCUCACCUGUGGAAUGGUUUGUGCUGCUCUUCCUCUUCUGGACAGGCUUGUGGCCUCGCUCCAUUCAUUUGAGAGCAAGGACCAGCAAGGAUUUGAGUCUGUGGUCUCUCGUGACUUGCACAAAUGUGACCUCUUGAGUGCUUCUUGGACCUCUUUUGGUCCAGGCUACUGUAGUUUUGGGUUUUCCAUAAAAAUCUGGUUUUGUGGGUGGUGUAAAAUCUGGUUUUGUGGUGCUUGUCCUGAUCACAGUGGAUGCACGAAACUUCAGGUUUGAUUUUAGGAAUGAGCUUGUUUCCAAAGGCAAGAUAACUUAAUCAGAUGUGACCUUCAUCACUCCAAAGUAAGUGUUUGAACAGGUUCUGCCAGGAGCAGGUUGAACCUUACCCAGGCAUCUCAUCCAUUUAGACUGGAUGUCAGGAAAAGGUUUUUUCCCGUCACUUUUCUUUUUCUGUCCAAGAGCCAAAUCCUUCAGGAAGUCCCUGUGUGUUCAGGAAUGUGGGGAUAGAGCUGAGGCCUCGCUCUGUGGUGCAGAGCAUGGUCCACUGUGACAGCUGGUGUGACCCCAGUGCUGUGGUGGGGCAGAUGUGCAGCCAGCUGUGGGGCUGGAGCCUUUGCAGACAAGGCUGCAGCAGCUCCUGUGGCCCACGCUGAGCUCUCAGGGGGCUGUGUGUGUGUGCAGGGCUCCCGUGUUCUGCAGAGGAGCAUUCCAGCUUGGUUCCUCAUGCUGGAGACGUGUCGAGGCUGUCCAGCUGCAUUUUGCAGUGCUGUGUGACUUGACAGUUUGGGGUGCUGCUGUUCUGUUUGUAUUUUGGAUAAACCACACGAACAGGGCUUCUUGUGGUGAUACCCAGUGUGUGCCUUGUGUUCUCCUGCCUUGCACACAGCUUUUAAUCUAAAAGCUCUUGAGCUGGAGCUAUCAGACUGCUGUCACCAGUUCUGUUUCCUUCUGCUCCUGGGAACUCAGGAAUGGAGAUUUCAAGACCUUUCACUGUCCCCUACAACCACUCCAGGCUUCAAAAGCCAUUUCUUUUGUCCCAGCAUAGUUUCAUCUCAUGUUGCCUGUGAGUAUCCUGGCACGAUGAGGGAGGGAGCUGUUUGAUACUGCUGUUCUUAUUUUGGGAUAUAGAGCUCCUCUCUCCCAUUAAGUAAAAGAGCAUCUUCGGAGCUGAGUGUUUUGCUGAGCAGUGCUCAGGGCCAUAGGGACCCCUUUAGGCUGCUGUAAUUCAGCUUAAAGAGAUGAUUGUGGACACAGCCACAGGCCACCAAAAUGCUCUGCAGAGCCUGUGGUGUCUCCCUGAGUAAUAACAUAAGCUCAGGGAUCUGGAGUUCCUCGUGUUAGACCACCUCAGGUUAUGUAUAAAAAGCUCGCUGUGGUGUGGUUCUCUCUCAUUUUUUGCUGGAGGGAGGACUGUGAUAUCAGCCUUCCUAAAGUCAUUCCCUAAGGCUUCUCUGAUCCUCAUCCUGCAGUUCCUGCAGAGGUCCAGGUUCUCCGGUGCUUCACUCGUAGAGAUGAGGACUCAUGAGUUAGAAAUGGUGAGAAAAUCCACGUUGAGCUUUGUGACUGUCUCCUCCUUUGGUUUUCCUAAUUAUAAAUUAAGUGGGGAUAAUCUGUCUUCGUGUUGCAGGCAGUGUUGCAGAACAAUAAGCAAAAGCCUCGAUCUCUUCCAGUCUGGGCAGUCACUGGGCAGUGAUCAGGUCUGUUUUCAGUUACUUGUCCUACAUUUCCCAGUUUCUUGUGUAUCUGUAUCAAUAUGUGUAUGUGCACUUUAGGAACCAUGGAGCAGGAGUUGAGCUGGACACCAGAAGGAGUAGAGGAGGUGCGUAAGAAAAAUCCAGAUCCUAGAUCCUGGAGAUCAGAAUAACCCGGUGGGAGAAAGGUUAAGGGCUAAAAAAUCUCCAGGUUUCCUGAAAUCUGAGCAAUUAUUUAGGUCUUACCAGAGUCUCUGAAGAAGAGAAGGCUGUGGGGCUUAUGUGAAACGAGGCUGACCUGUGGCACUGGGAGGGAACAUCAUAAAAACUAUUAGGGACUGCCCAUUGGAGACACUGGGAAGAAUCUCCAAGAAGAAAGAGUUAGCAGGAAUCUCGAUUCUCCAGCACACAAGACCAAGGAGCCACCAGCUGCUUGGCCACAGGCCCUUUGGUGCUUUGGAAAGCCCCAAAUUUGAGAUUAUCUCCCUCAAAUUUUUGGUUAUCUCCUGGCAGAAGCAGAGGUAACACACCCAGGUGAGCAUCUGGGCAGUAUCCCCAAAAGUACUCUUGACCUGCAGGAGUAAUGAGCAGUGACACUAUUGCUCACUUAAUUUUGUCCCCCUUUCUGCUUUGCUCCACUAGUCUUCAUUGACUUGCUGCUAAAUUAUUUUCAUAGUAAAAUAAGCCAGUUUGCAACCUGACUGAAAUAAUUAAUUACUACUGGGCUACAACCCAGUGUGAGAUCCUCCAUAGCCCCAUCAGUGUUGGAAGCAGAGGCUGAAAAUAGAGUGUGAAAAUAGAGUGGCUGUGGGUGUUGAGCGAUCCCAGAGGGCUUGGCCAGGAGUAGGGGUGUUUAGGAGACAGUUUGUGUUGCUUAAAGGCUGCUAAUAAAUUCAACUAGAGGCACUAAAUCUGUGUUUAACUCUGGUGGAUAAACCAGGGCAGACGCAAGAACUGGGAUUUGGGAAAUAUAUUUUUAAGAAGAUCUGACUUGGGGUGGAUUUUAGAAAGAGUCUGUGAGUGAAACAAGAGUUUGCUCUUAUCUCUCGGGCAGUUUGAGAUAUCACUUGGUGAGAUUUGAGCUGAAAGGAGAGAAAUUGGAGUGAGGAAACUGAAUUUUAGCAAGCAAAUGUAGCUGUACCUACAGCCUGAGGGAACCACUUUACACUUAGUGGGUGCUGACAGGUUUCAAGGCCAGGUUUUGGUUCCAGGUUGCUGUAGCCAGUUGUUUUCCCCCCAGCUCACAGACAGAAGCUUAAAAUGUGCUGGAGUCCAUCCAAAGAGGAUCUGUCUGUUUAUCCUGAGGUAGCAAAGGCAAAAGUGGGAAGGGUUCCACCUCAAACCACUGUAAACCACUGGUGCCUGUUGCUGCCUGUGUGUUUAUAUGGGUUGUUUUUUAUUUUGUGUUAAUUUUGUGUGUUUUUGUUUAAAACAGCAGGGUAAUACUGACUUGCUGCUUAGCAGUUUUGCUUCUGCUCCCAGGGCUCUGAAUCUCAGGAGGAAACUGGUUAGAAAUUUAUCCCUUUCCUGCUGAUGCUGUUAAACCAGCAUAUGAGGAGCAUUAGGUAGGUUCCAGCUUUCUGGAGUCGUAAAAGUUCCUUUUUGGGGAAUAAAACUAGUGGUUUUUUGUAAUGAUGUGUCUGUUACAGUCCUCCUCCAGAAAGCAACAGUACCAGCUCUUCCCAAAUUAUUGUCUCUCUUGAAUUCCAGAGGCAGCUUUGCCAUUCAGGUUAGAACCCCAACAAUCUAAUACAUUUAAUUUUUAAAAAUUAAUAUUUUCUAGCACUUUACCAAUCCAAAAGCCAUCAAGUUCCAGCAAACCUGGGGCCUUUCAAAAGUAGAGCAGUAUUAGAAUUAAAACCACAUCGAGACCUGCAUAUUAAACUUUAGAUUUUUUACCCCCAAAUAGUUGUAUGUUGCUCUGGAUUAGGGGGAAAAGGUGGAUGGAACUUGUGGAGCAGCUCAGCCGUUGGUGUGGGAUGUCAGAGGGAUCACCAAAGGCAGAUGAGCCCUUUGCAUCUGUGUGGGAGGUUUGGCCCCAGCACUGUUUGAGAGGCUGCUCAGACCAAGCCACCUCAGUGCUGUUUCUUACUUAAUGCUUGAUAUGGAAGUCUGGGAAUUGGGAGCAUUAUUGAUUUGACCUCUUUUAAAUUUCAGCAGCUUCACAAGAGACAGAGUGAGUUAGUAAGGAAUGCAAAAAUGUACCCUCCGCAGGUGCUACAGCCGCGUGAAGGAGCACGGCGUGGGGAAGAGGAAAAGCAGCUACACGUUUGAGCAGCUGGAGCAGGUGUUUGGGCAGGGAGGAUGGGACUCCCAGCCCUGCCAGCCCGUCCUCAUCAACAGCAGCGGCUUGUACCAGGAGCUGGAGUCGGAUGGCAGCACGAUGGAGGAGUAUUCCCAGGAGGACUGGGGAAACCACAGCCAGGACCUUCACUGCUACCAGACCGGAGAGCAGGAAUUGGAUGAAAUGCCUACCACAAAAAGAACACUAAAGAUAAAACAGGAGUCUUCAGAAGACGCGCAGAAGCGUGACGUCAUGCAGAACAUUAUGCAAAUCUUGGAGUCGGUCCAGUUGAAGUGGGAGCUGUUUCAGAGCUGGACGGACUUCUCCAGGCUCCAUCUUUCUAACAAACUGGCCAUUUUUGGCAUCGGGUACAACACCCGCUGGAAGGAGGAUAUCCGUUACCACUACGCAGAGAUCAGCUCCCAGGUCCCCCUCGGCAAGCGGCUCCGGGAAUACUUCAACUCGGAAAAACCCGAGGGUCGGGUGAUCAUGACCCGAGUGCAGAAAAUGAACUGGAAAAACGUUUACUACAAGUUCCUGGAGAUCACCAUCAGCGAAGCCCGAUGCUUGGAGCUGCACAUGGAGAUCGACUGGAUUCCCAUCGCUCACUCCAAGCCCACCGGGGGGAACGUGGUGCAGUAUUUAUUGCCUGGAGGGAUCCCCAAAAGCCCUGGCCUGUACGCCAUCGGAUACGAGGAGUGCCACGAGAAGCCCCCCUCCCCUCUGGCCGAGCACCGGGCGCCUGACCCCAGCAAUGAGACUCCAGGGGAGCUGGAGGUCCCCUCUCCGCAGGCCUCCCUCCGGGUGGAUAUGGAAUCCGCCCGGAUUAUCUAUUGUUACCUUGGCAUCGCUGAGGUCCGGACUCUCCAGCAGUGCCUGUUUUUACACUUCCAGGCAAACACCAAAACCUUCAGCAAAGAUUGGGUCGGGAUCAACGCCUUUUUAUCUCAGAACUGCGUCGUAGAGCCCGGCGUCUCGCCCAAAUCCAUCUACAUCAAAUUUGUGGAAGUGGAGAGGGAUUUUCUGUCCGCCGGCUCUUUGGUAGAGUGCCUGGAAAAAGCCAUCGGGUACCCCUUAAAAUUUAACAACUGAGUCUCGUCCUUCAUAAGGAUCAGGGCUUUUCCGCCCCAUUUUCCAUCUCACUCGGAUCCUGUCCGUUCACAGCCGGGCGCGUCGGACGCUCGCGCGGCGCUUCCCACGCGCCGGGCCCGGCUCUCCCCGCACCGGCGAGGAGGAGCCCCCGGCCCGUGAGACGGCGGUCGGUACAUUCCACACGGGACGAGUCGUGCACGCGGCGUUUUCAUACGGAAACUGGGGGUUUGGUCUUUCCUUUAUUCCACGGUGUCUCAUCCGGACGCAUCCGUCUCUAAGUGUUAUCCUGGAUCUGAAUCAAUAAGCAAUAGAUAACGGCGAGGGAACCCCCGACGGCCCGGGGACUGUUUUUCAAAGCCACCCUUAGAUAUCUUGUAUAUAAUUUAGAACUUCACUUUUUUCACCAUCGAGUGUUCUCCUCUCUCUGAACAGUGUUGCCUGCAAAGACUUUGGGUUCCGUGACGUAUUCCACUUCCUUAGUAGCGUUGCCAUAUCUGCUUUUAUUUUAUUUUAUUUUUUUAAAUAUUAAAAUAAUUCCUGGCCUUUUUAA